AUGCCUGGUGGUCAGAAGAGUAAGCUCUGUGCCCAUGAGAAACAUUGUCAGGCCCAAGGUGAGGCCCAUGGUGUUGAGGGUGUCCAGGAAACUGCAACAGAGGAUGAAGUGUCUCCCUGCUCUUCUCCCUUUGGGAGUUCUCCCCAGAGCUCCCCUGCUGCUGGCUCUCCCCAGGGGCCUGAGAGAGUCCCAUUAACCCCCACUGAUGUUGCUGGUGUGUCCUGCACAAGAGCUGCUGAAGGUGCAGAGGGCCAAGAGGAGGGAAAUCUAAGUUCUUCUGAGCCCCCACCCCCGACUGAGAGCUCACAAAGAGAUCCUCUCCGCAGGAGUGUGUGUAGGUUGUUGGACUUUCUGCUGGAGAAGUAUAAAACCAAAGAGCCCAUUUCCAAGGCAGAAAUGAUGAAGGUCAUCAACAAAAAGUUCAAGGGGCAAUUCCCAGAGAUCCUGAGGAGAGCCUGUGAGCAAAUUGAGGUGGUCUUUGGCCUCAACCUGAAGGAAGUUGACUCCAAGGGUCAAUGCUAUGCUGUUGUCAGCAAUUUGGAGAUCAGCCAUGAGGAAAACCUGUUUGGUGACAGGGGUUAUCCAAAGAAUGGCCUCUUGAUGCCUCUCCUGGGCUUGAUCUACAUGAAUGGUAACCGGGUCACUGAGGAGAAAAUCUGGGAAUUCCUGAAUGUUUUGGGUUUCUAUGAUGGAAAAAGGGAUGUAAUUUUUGGGGAUCCCAGGAAGCUCAUCACCAAAGAUUUGGUUCAGGAAAAGUACCUGGAGUACCAGCAGGUGCCCAACAGUGAUCCUCCACGCUAUGAAUUCCUGUGGGGUCCCAGAGCUCACGCUGAAGCCAACAAAACAAAAGUCCUGGAAUUUUUGGCCAAGGUCAAUGAUAUGCAACCCACUGCCUUUCCAGCCCCGUAUGAAGAAACUUGGAGAGAAAAGGAAGGGGGAGCGACAGCAGAGGACGGUCCCAAUGCUGCUGCAAGGGCCAAUUUCAGGGCUGAGUCCAGCAGGCCCUCCUUCCCCUAG